ACGUUGCGCUUAGGUAUAGGUUAGAUGGCGCAGCACAUUCACCAAUUUUAAAAAAAGUUUUGUCUAUUUUAUGGUGACUAUCUAUUCGUUUCACCUGCUUUCGCCAAUAGCGGUCCACUUGCUAGAGGAAAACCAAGAUACAGGAAAGUUUGGGCCGCCUUUUGGAAAAAGGCAAACUGGCCUUCGAAAUCACGGAAGCUGACCUAAUUCAGAAAAGAUUGACGUGACACAUUUCGCGCCGCCGAGCUGACCACAGCAACCGCACAAGCACACCGUCGAGCCAGGAACCGUAGGAAACAUAUGAUCCACGGAUCCACGUGUCAUUCCCCCGGAUAUCCGCUGCUAUCGAGUCAGUAGCCAUGGCCUUUGUAUCACAAUCUCGUCUAUGGCUCACCUGGUAUUUCAUCACGUUGUGUUUAGUUCAUGUUAGAAAAGUUGAAUGCAUUGCUGUUAUGUCUGUGGACUUGGGUACAGAAUGGAUGAAAGUAGCAAUUGUCUCUCCUGGAGUUCCAAUGGAAAUUGCAUUGAACAAGGACUCGCAAAGAAAAACUCCAGUAGCCAUAGCAUUUCGAGAGGGUGAGCGACACUUCGGGGACCAAGCCAUCUCCACGGGAGUUCGCUUCCCCGAGAAGAGCUUCUCUCACUUCCUGGACCUGCUGGGCAAGACGAGGGACAACCCCGUGGUGAAGGUGUUUGAGAGGAGAUUCCCCUUCUACACCCUGGAGGCGGAUCCCCAGACGGGGGGAGUGCUCUUCCGCCACCCCGAGGGCAUGACCUUCAGCCCCGAGGAGCUACUGGGCAUGAUCCUCGGCUAUGCCAAGGACCUGGCUUCGACCGCAGCCGGUCAGCCGAUUAAGGAUGCAGUGGUGACAGUGCCGGCCUACUUCAACCAGGCUGAAAGGCGGGCUCUGGCUCGGGCUGUCAGUCUCGCUGGGCUCAAGCUGCUUCAGCUUUUGGGAGACAACACUGCCGUGGCUCUCAACUAUGGAGUGUUCAGGAGGAAAGAGUUCAACGAUACCCCAACCAACAUCCUCUUCUACGACAUGGGCACUGGGAGCACCACUGCCACCAUUGUCAGCUACCAGACGGUCAAGUCCAAGGAGAAGGGUCUGUCCGAGACUGUACCCCAACUCUCUGUCAAGGGCAUUGGUUAUGACCGAUUCUUGGGUGGCUUGGAGUUCAAACUGAGGUUGGGCGAGCGUUUCGCAAAGGACUUCAGCGCCAUGAAGAAAACGUCCAAGGACGUGUUUGAAAACAAGCGUGGUCUGGCCAAGCUUUACAAAGAGGCCGACCGUGUCAAGAAAGUGCUCAGUGCCAACACUGAGCACGUUGCUCAGGUUGAGAAUGUAAUGGAGGAUGUUGACUUCAAGCAUCCCAUCACCCGCACGGAGUUCGAGGAGCUGUGUUCGGACCUGUUCAGCCGAGUCGCCGGCCCCAUUCACAGGGUGCUGGAGUCUUCGGGCAUGACCCUGGAUGAGAUCGACCAGGUGAUCCUGGUGGGGGGCAGCACCCGCAUCCCGAGGGUGCAGCAGGAGCUGCAGGCUGCCCUGAAGGACAAAGAGCUGGGCAAGAGCCUGAACGCUGAUGAGGCGGCUGCGCUGGGGGCCGCCUACCAGGCGGCCUACCUCAGCAAGGGCUUCAAGGUCAAGGUGUUCCACGUCAAGGAGGCCAACGUCUUUCCCAUUCAGGUGGACUUCAGCCGCGAAGUGGACACUGAUGGAGUCAAAAGCACAAAGCUGGUGCGGCGGGUUCUGUUUUACCGGAACAACUUGUACCCUCAGAAGAAAGUCAUGACCUUCUCCCGCUACACUACCGACUUUGAAUUUUCCAUCAACUAUGGCGACCUGAGCUUUAUGAGCAAAGAGGAACUGAGCCACUUUGGGUCUCUGAACAUCAGCACUGUGAGCUUGUCUGGUGUGGCAGAUGCGUUAAAGAAGCACUCGGAAGGGGCCGAGCCUAAGGGCAUCAAGGCCCACUUCAAGUUGGACGAGAGCGGACUUCUCACACUCGACAGCGCGGAGGCGGCUUUUGAGAAGACAGUUGAAGAGGUUGUCCUGCCACCGACCGAGAAUCUCGCGUCUACGCUCUCGAGACUCGGCAGCACUCUGGGGAAUUUGUUCUCGAGUGGGUCUGAAGAGCCCCCCAAAGCUGGCAGUGAAGGAGCUCCCAAAGAAAACCAGGAACAAGCUGAAGCGAGUCAGGACCAGAAGGCAGAUGACGCUAAGGACAAGGAGAGUAAGGCAGAGGCACGGGCGGAUGGGGAAAAAACUGAAACUGAAACGGAAGGAAAGUCCGGAAACAAGACCGAGACGUCCAAGGAGGAGCCUAAAACCGAUAAAGAGGGAGCGGCAGCAACGAAUGAAACUGUCAAAACGCUCAAGGUUGUUCCCGUGAAGGAACCCAUCAACUUUGAAUUGAAGCUGCUGGACCGAACACCUCCGACUUCGGAACAGAUUGCGGAGUCAAUCAAAAAGCUAUCUGAUCUUGAGAGCAAGGACAAGGCUAAGUUGGCAAGGGACCAUGCCAGGAAUGCCCUGGAAUCUUUUGUUCUGGAGACCAAGGACAAGAUGUACAGCGAAGAGUACGAACGGGCUGCCUCUGAGGAAGAGAAACAGAACAUUGUCGCCAAGCUCAACGAAGGCUCCGAAUGGUUGGAGUACGAGUCCGACAACGCCGAAACCAAGGCCUUCAAGGAUAAGCUUUCCGGGCUGACCAGGAUCGUGAAGGACCUCUUUGACAGGGUUCAGGAGCACAGGGAGCGGCCUCAGGCACUGGCUGCCCUCACCGGGAUGCUGAACACCAGCGAGGUGUACCUCACCGCCAUCCAGGCACUCAAGGGCGAGAUCUUCACCGAGGUGGAGAUUACAACACUGGCCAAGGCCAUUAACGAAACCAGGGUAUGGCAAGCAGAACAGGAGGCCCUGCAAAAGGAGACUCCGCUGCACGAGACUCCCAAGCUGACGCUGAAGAUGAUCUUCGAGAAAAUCCAGCUACUUGACCGGGAGACCAAAUACCUGGUGAACAAGGCCCAGCGUGCUCCACCCAAGAAGGAGCCGGUCAAGGAGGAGAAGCCGAAAGAUACGGAGACAGAAAAGCCUGCCGAAGAAGAGAUCAUUGCUGAUGCAGAAGAGCCAGAACAGCCCUUGCCUAUGGAUGGAGCAUUGCCCGUGGAUGAGCCUUUGCCUCUAGAACAGCCCACAACAGAUGCAGACGAAACGAUUCCCGUGGAACCGACCCCUGGGCAACCCCUGGAAGAAAGCGAACACACCGAGCUCUGAUCGCAGCCCAUCUAAUUUAUGUGCUUCUGCCUCCGAGCAUUGUGGAUGCAUGGUGCUGUAGGGGGGUGCCUCGACAUUGUUGUAUAUACAGUCUUAAUUUAAAUGCGACAGGGUUUGAACCCGGGGAAAAGACUCGAGGGUUGGGAAGUGCACUCACUCAUUGACUUGCAUCGGUUUGAAGCUGUUUCACGUUGUGCGCAUGUGUGACGUUCGGGACACUGUUAGUCUGUUGGCCCCAAAGUCCCUUGCAGCGAGGCGCCUGACUCUCCCACAUGCACAAGUGAAACACGUGUGGUUUGUCACUCAACGUCUUUGACAUGGUGGGGAUGGGCAAGUUUGGUCGUGUGAUAUCAUCUGCGAGGGGGGUGAAAGUGGGGAUGGGGCGAGGCGAUUCACCAGGCAGUUUCUUUUUUCUUUUGCCUUACAGGGCAGCAACCAGUUCAGAUUAUUCCGAAUCAUGUUGAGAGCCAGCACCACCCCACAAUUUUUCGUAAAAUAUCUCGGUGUAUGAUUGGUGCUGGUCUCUUCUUUCUUUUUUGUUCUUAUUUGUAUGUUAUGUAAUUCUAGUACCUCUCUGUGACAAAAUCUGUACAGUUGUGUUGAAAACCUAGUACAUUUUUAUUUUUGCUGUAGGCCAUGUAUAUUUUGCAAACUUUGUUGGGGGUUUCUAGAAUGCUUAUAUGGUGGUUAAAACAUGUUCUGCACUGUUGGACAAGAGCAUGCUGCAUUAACAAGCAGUGUGCAUAUUUAUGACCAAUUCUUUUUCCAUCGGUUCUCUACACUGUGUACAUACUAAAAGAUGUUGUGCCUGCCAAUAAAGUUUGCAGUCUUGUCUAUCA